GGUUCAGUUCCAUUGAUACUCGAGCUUCAGAACCAUAAACGAACCAGCAAAGCUACUUUUGUAUUGUAUCCACCACAACAACCUUCCCUCUCUCACCGAUACUUUUUUCCUCUCCUUCUCCUAAACAUCCUUCCUCGUUUGGCCUGGAGUCAACAACAUAAUCUCUCUAAUCUAUUUUGACGAUUUAAGACCAGGACUCUUUACUUAAUACCACAUAGAUAUAUCGCACCACGCAAAACACCAUGGACGAGAUCGCAAAGGAGUACGAUGUCAUCGUUUUGGGCACCGGUUUAACCGAGUGUAUUCUCUCUGGUGUGCUGAGUGUCAAGGGCAAGAAGGUUCUACACAUCGAUCGCAAUGAUCACUACGGAGGAGAGGCUGCAUCCGUAAACCUCGAGACGCUAUUCAAGAAGUAUGGCAACUACACGAAGGGCGAGGAGCCAUGGAAGAAGUACGGUCGACCCAAUGACUGGAACAUCGACCUGGUUCCUAAACUCCUCAUGUCGUCCGGCGAGCUGACCAACAUCCUCGUCUCUACCGACGUUACCCGCUACCUCGAGUUUAAGCAGGUCGCAGGCAGCUUCGUACAGCAAGGCGCUGGAGCAAAGGCCACUGUUGCCAAGGUCCCCUCAGAUGCCGCCGAGGCCCUGCGCUCUCCCCUGAUGGGUAUUUUCGAGAAGCGACGCAUGAAGAGCUUCAUAGAAUGGGUCGGCACCUUUGACCAGAAUGAUCCUGCCACACACAAGGGUCUUGACAUAAGCAAGUGCACGAUGAAGGAGGUUUACGACAAGUUCGGCCUUGAGACCUCUACUCGCGACUUCGUCGGCCACGCCAUGGCCCUUUACCUUAACGACGAGUACAGUGAUGAACCCGGCAAGGCCCCCGAAGCUAUCGAGCGUAUUAGGAUGUACGGUAACUCGGUAGCAAGGUAUGGCAAGUCGCCUUACAUCUACCCCCUGUACGGUCUCGGCGAGUUGCCCCAGGGCUUCGCGCGGUUAUCUGCUAUCUACGGCGGUACCUACAUGCUCAACACUUCAGUCAACGAGGUCGUGUACGAGGGUGGCAGGGCGACAGGUAUCAAGGCUACCAUGACCGGUAUCGAGCCUGAGAUGAAGUUCGAGACCAAGGCCAAGCUAAUCCUCGGUGACCCUUCGUACUUCCCCGACAAGGUCAAGGUUGUCGGCCACGUGCUGAAGGCCAUCUGCGUCUUGAAGCACCCCUUGGCUGGUACUAACGACUGCGACUCCUGCCAAUUAAUCAUCCCCCAGUCCCAGGUUGGUCGCAAGAACGACAUCUACAUUGCUUGCGUCUCGUCGGCACAUAACGUGUGCCCUAAGGGUUACUACAUCGCCAUCGUUUCCACGAUUGCCGAGACCACUUCCAACCACCACCUCGAGCUGCAACCUGGUCUGGAGCGCCUUGGCCAGAUUGAGGAGCAAUUUUUGGGUCCCCCUAUCCCGCUCUAUGAGCCCCUCGAGGACGGCACCAAGGACAACGUCUUCAUCUCCAAGAGCUACGACGCGACGUCGCACUUCGAGACGACCACGGACGACGUCAAGGACAUCUACGCGCGCGCCACCGGCGAGGAGCUCAAGGUGGAAGGCCUCAGAGACCUGCAGGUCACCGAGGAGUAGACGUAGUUUUAACUAAGUAAUUCGGUGAGGCAGGUUUGAGGACACUCCGAUUGGUAAUACUUGAAGAAGGAGAGAAAAGUAAGCUGGUGGCGGAGCGUCGAGUAUGCAAAGCACGCAUGUGUAUCCAGAGCUGUGGCUAGAAUACCGACCAGAUGAGGGACUACAUGAUAUUCAUACAUACAUUCAUAUAUGCGUAGGAGGCACCGUGCGCCGGGUUUGAAGUCAAGGUGUAGCUCGUCGCUUCUUUUAUUUUUCGCUCUGAUUUGAAAUCUGCAGAGAGGAGAGAUAUUGUAGUGUAGUUGUUGUUGCUUUGAUAGACGUACGACUUUGUAAGGUCUAAUUUUUUUCAUAUUGGAUUUUUUAUUAU